UUUUGUUCAGAGGAACGGGUUUACUCAGUUGGGUGUUGCCGGCCGGCGUCCUGGAGACUCGGUUUGCACCCUCUUCCUGUCCCGCAGCCCGGGCGGAGCGGAGCGGAGCUGAUCUGAACUGGGAGCGCGGUUACCGGUCGGGCUGGGUCUAUGGUCGCUCCGCGGGCCGCUCCGCCGGCUGGUGCUUUCUUAUCAGGACAAGCUGUAUUCGAUGGCAGGGAACUUUUGGCAGAGCUCCCACUAUUUGCAGUGGAUUUUGGAUAAGCAAGAUCUGUUGAAGGAACGCCAAAAGGACUUAAAGUUUCUCUCAGAAGAAGAGUAUUGGAAAUUACAAAUAUUUUUUACAAACGUUAUCCAAGCAUUAGGGGAACAUCUUAAAUUAAGACAACAAGUUAUUGCCACUGCUACGGUCUAUUUCAAGAGAUUCUAUGCCAGGUAUUCUCUGAAAAGUAUAGAUCCUGUACUGAUGGCUCCUACAUGUGUGUUUUUGGCAUCCAAAGUAGAGGAAUUUGGAGUAGUCUCAAAUACAAGGUUGAUUGCUGCUGCUACUUCUGUAUUGAAAACUAGAUUUUCAUAUGCCUUUCCAAAAGAAUUUCCUUAUAGGAUGAAUCAUAUAUUAGAAUGUGAAUUCUAUCUUUUAGAACUAAUGGAUUGUUGCCUGAUAGUGUAUCAUCCUUAUAGGCCUUUGCUCCAGUAUGUUCAGGACAUGGGCCAAGAAGACAUGUUGCUUCCUCUUGCAUGGAGGAUAGUGAAUGAUACCUACAGAACGGAUCUUUGUCUACUGUAUCCUCCUUUCAUGAUAGCUUUAGCUUGCCUCCAUGUAGCCUGUGUUGUGCAGCAAAAAGAUGCCAGACAGUGGUUUGCUGAACUCUCUGUGGAUAUGGAAAAGAUUUUGGAAAUUAUCAGGGUUAUUUUAAAACUAUAUGAACAGUGGAAGAAUUUUGAUGAAAGGAAAGAGAUGGCAACAAUUCUUAGUAAGAUGCCGAAACCAAAACCACCUCCAAACAGUGAAGGAGAGCAGGGUCCAAAUGGAAGUCAGAACUCUGGCUACAGCCAAUCUUAAACCAUUCCGAAGAAUUCUGUAGUGGACCACUUGGAAAUAAACAUUGGACAGAUAUCCGUAAUGUCUUCAGUGGAACACUAAUGAAAAGGAAUAGCUUGUUUCUGUCAAGCAUAUUGGGAAGUAAUUUUAUUUUCGCAAAAUAAUUUUUCCUUACCUAAUUCUAGUACAUAACUGAUUCAAAUCUCCUGGCUAUAAAAGUUUGGGAAGGUUCUAAGAGAACCUGUAGAAAUUUCAAAACUAAUAACUUUUGUUUAAUAUUUCUUAAUUUGGAUAAUGGAAAAAAUUUAAGCUAGGAAACAUAAAGCUUAAGUUUUCAAAUUUAUCUUUGUUCAUUGAGGGACCAAAGAAGGAUACAGAAAGUGAGGGUUUCUUUCUCUUCAAAAGUUAAACUUUAAACUAUACUUAAGAAAUCAAGUCUCACAAAAUCCUUGGAGAUUUUGGUGGUGAUGUUUAUAACUUCAGGGAAAUAAUCAAGUACCUAUUGAUUUUAAAAGUGUAUGUUACUCAAUAGUUUUGGUACCUUGACAUGGAUGAUAGUAGCCCAGCCUCAUUCAAAAAAGUGCAAUAUGGGGAGUAUUGAAGAAGUUUAUGGAAAAUGUACAAUGUAAAAAAAAAAAAAAACACAUUAUUUAAAAAAUCUUGCACCAAAAUGAACUUUUAAUUCAAUUUUUUCAUGAACUUCUAAAGUCUCCUUGUAUGCAUAUUAUAUUUUGGCAACUUAAAUUAAUUCUGUAACCAUUUGAAAUGCUGGGCAAACUUUUGGAAGAAUUCUAGAUGAAGAUACUUGCAGUUUAUUGAGCUAAUCUGGCAUUUUGAAAGGUUGAAAUUUGGUAAAAGUUUAAUAUUAUUUUUUAUUCUGCUGUGAAAAGUUUUUUUAUAAAGUAUACACACCCUAGUUGAAUUUUGUCUUAGUAUGGAUUUACAAACUUAACUAUGGGAAUCCUGAGCCAGGAACACAAUCAGGUUUCAGGCCAGUUUGAUACUGGCUUUUCUUAUUUUUCAUGUGAAUAUACGCUGUCAGACUACAUGUUAUGUCAACGGGACUGUGCUGUCUAUGUAACUUAAUAAAUUAAUCAUUUUAUUCAGGCUUGAAAGGGAGUGCUACAUAAAAUUUGGAGUCAUAGGAUAUUGAUGUACAAUUUAUGGAUUAAAGUUUUUAUAAAUUGUGAACAAUGAAUUUAUUAAAUUAAAUGUUGGCUUCCUAGUAUAAACUGCAAGAAUAAAACUAAGUUCUCCAGGUA